AUGGAAAGGUUUGCUUACCCUUAUAGACAUGUGGUAACUAUAUAUAGAUAUAUAACUAUUAAUACUUAUAAACUUCUUAGUUUCUGGCAAGAAUUGAAAUCGUUGCUGAAGACUUUGCUCUGCUUUGUUGUUGCUUUGAUGCUGGUGCCUUUAUUGCUGUUAUCGUUUCUAUGCGCUCACUUUGUCAACGAACUAUCCAACUAUGUGCUGAGCAUCAAGUACCCGAACCUCACCAUCUCAAAGUCCAAGAAGAUCCGCACUUUAAUCGACACGCCGAAGAAUGCGGGCGUAUUUCACUUUCUGCUACAAGUGGAAGGAAAUUGUGACUUCGAGCGGAUAAAGAUGUCUUAUGCCCAGUAUCUGACUGAUCUGAGGGAUAAGACAGGGAUGCUAAGGUUCCCAAAGCUGCGACAAAAGCUCGUCACUUGUUGGGGACAUUAUGCGUGGGUCAAUGACAACAGUGGCUUCAACAUCAACAAUCACGUUCUGCUCAGCACCCACAAAUAUCGGGGACGUCCAGUCACCGAAUCGAAUAUUCAGGAAUAUGUCAGCGAACUGGCCACCAAGUACAUUCCCUCAGAUCUGCCACAGUGGCAAGUUAUUGUGAUUCCGAACUGGGAUAGUAGUCAACCCUACUAUGUCCUCAUCAAAUUACAUCAUCUGAUAAUUGCUGAGGAGGAGGAUCUGCAUGUGAGUGAGAUGCUGCUGCUUCAGGACCCACAAAAGAAAACCAUGUUGACAUUGUAUGAGGGUUUGGGUCAGAGGUCAAACCAACAACUCUCUCGUUUCGUACGAAAACCUGAACACAUCAGUAGGCUGAUUAGUCAUCUAAUUAGUCUUGUCAUCUGCCGCUGGCAAAAGUUCAUCUACGAAUUCGAAUCUCUUGAAACUCCCGACGGCUCCUCAUCUACUAUUCAAGUUAAGAACCUCAGUCAGUUACUCUCACUUAUAGUAAUUGUCUUGGUAAACGUGGUUUUCGGUUAUAUUAGGAGUCGCUCCAUGCUCAAGAAACUGAAAAGGCGUUCAGGUAGUUACCGUAAUGAAGUGGGUCGAAUUCAAACGAUUCGAUUGCUUUUAAAUAGGGAAUUAGAGCACAGGAAUCUCAGUUGGUCGGUAGCCAGAAGUGCCGUAUAUAACAGUUUGCAGCCCACUAAUUUGGCCAAGGUUUGGACCCGUUUUCUUUGGCGCCUAAAUUUAAAUCACGUUUUGCUUCUACCCUAUCACAUUUACUGUGAGUUUUUGGCCUUCGCUGAUGUUGUGUUCAAGGGACAAACCUCCUACUCAUCAACCUAUUGCGCCAGGCUGCAUUUAUAUGUACCACUUUUACUCUAUGCUCAGUUGGAGUUUUUCAAAAUUUGUUGGGAGCUUUUCCAGGCUCCUAGAAACAUUUACGAAGUCCUUGUUGAACAGCCCACAAAAGAGUUGAACAUUCUGCAUAAGAAAUCGUAUGCAGGCAGGAAAAUUGUCUCCUUUGGGCGAUCGAUAAAUGGCGCUCAACUUAGGAACCGCAAUCAUGGUAAAUUUAAUAAUGAUCUCAGAGAAUCGGAUUUUAGUUUAACUUGCCUAGCAGGUGCUGUCCACGACUAUUUUGAUACAUUUUCGGGCGAUAUGAAAGUUCCCAAUUUUCUUAACACAACCUGUAGGACCAUAGAUAAAGGAUACUUCACGGAUCGCGGUGGGGAUAAAUCGGAAAACAUUGGGGGCGUUGUCUUCCUCCAAUUGCCUUUAAGGAAACCAGACGUAGAACACGCUAAGGAACUCCAUCAAAUUGUUGAAAGAAUCAGAAGGCAACAAAUCAUAAUUUAUUUAGCUUCUAUUGGCCAGACAAAGUACAGCCUUCUCACAUCCCUUUUUCCCCAUGUAAUUACAAAAAUUUUCAUUAACUUUUUCUCAUACAACUUUCCCAUCACAAUCACUGAGAUCUAUGGAGCCACUGAUGAGUUUCAAUCUGCUUGGGGCCAGAAAGUCCAGGAUGUGCUACUAUUCCGUCCUCCCCAAUCGAAAACCUGUCUAUCUCUAAAUCUUCACCGCUUUGGUGACAAGUAUAGACUGGCCGUGAUGGCGGAUACACAUCUGGCACCCGAUCACACAAUAAUCACCAGAUCUUUUGAACAAUAUAUGGAAACAACCAUUAUUUAAUAAGGAAAAACGUUCUCUCGUCUUUUUAAAGUCAGGGCCAAUUUACAUGCAAUAUGUAUACGAAAUAAAAACUAUUUAUCCAAAAGUAAGAAAUUUAUUUUGUUUUGUUUAUCUUAAUAAAGAACUCUUUGAUAUAAAUGUC